CGCCCUUAUUACGAGACAAAUCCUGAAAGAAACAGUACGUUCACCGUAACCCCGAAAAAAAGGACCAUCCAGACGACCCUUCCAGUCAGCCCAAACAUUUCUCCUUCUUCAUCUUCCUCUUUCCUGGACCUCAGUAAAAACUUCAGCAACCAUGAGUGGAAUGUCUUGGAACGACUACAUUACCAACCAACUAACAGGAACUGGAAAUGUUAGCAGGGGUGCGAUUGCCGGUUUGGAUGGCUCUGUCUGGGCAAUCUCUGAUGGCUGGGGUGUCACUCAACAGGAAUGCCAGAGUAUUGCCACUGGCUUUACUAAUAAAGAUGGACUUGUGCAGAAAGGUAUGAUGUGUGCAGGAGAGAAGUACUUUUUCCUAAGCGGUGAUGAUUGUGUGCUGCGAGGUAAAAAGGGAAACAAGGGUAUUCAUGUUGCAAAAACCAAUACUGCGUUGGUCAUUGGUCAGUAUGAAGAUCCAAUUCAGCCUGGCCAAUGUGCUACUACUGUAGAAGCUCUUGCUGACUACUUGAAGAACUGUAACUACUAAGAUAAUGGAUUUUUAAUGUUUUAAUCUCCUCUUCAUGUUUUUUUGCACUGUGCGCAUUACUUUUUAAGAUGCAGAAGUAAGUCCUCAUUACAAUGCUUUUACUAUGCAGAGCAUACCUUUGAGAAUAGUAUUGUGAUUUUUAAUGUAAUUUAAACUUCUUGAUGAAAUAAAUCUAUUUAUAUAAAA